GGGAGGGGGCGGGGGGGCCGCGCCGCGCGAGCCGUUGGGUCUGGCUCGGAGAAGGCACUGCUGCUGCCACAGCCGCCACCGUCGGCAGGAAACGCAGGAGCGGACCUAGCGCAGCGCGGCGAUGGGCGGGAGUAGAGCCCCGCCGGAGAGGCUGGGCGGCUGCCGGUGACAGAUUGUGCUCUGUUCCUGCAUGUCCUGCUGCCCUGAACUGUCCUGAGCUAGGUGACAGCGUGUCACGCUGCCACCAUGAACGAGGUGUCUGUCAUCAAAGAAGGCUGGCUCCACAAGCGUGGUGAAUACAUCAAGACGUGGAGGCCCCGGUACUUCCUGCUGAAGAGUGAUGGUUCCUUCAUUGGCUAUAAGGAGCGGCCCGAGGCCCCUGACCAGACGCUGCCCCCUUUAAACAACUUCUCCGUUGCGGAGUGCCAGCUGAUGAAGACCGAGAGACCGCGGCCCAACACGUUUGUCAUACGCUGCUUGCAGUGGACCACAGUCAUCGAGAGGACCUUCCACGUAGACUCUCCCGAUGAGAGGGAAGAGUGGAUGCGGGCCAUCCAGAUGGUCGCCAAUAGCCUCAAGCAGCGGGGCCCAGGCGAGGACCCCAUGGAAUACAAGUGUGGCUCCCCUAGUGAUUCUUCUGCGGCUGAAGAGAUGGAAGUGGCAGUUAGCAAGGCACGGGCCAAGGUGACCAUGAAUGACUUUGACUAUCUCAAGCUCCUCGGCAAGGGCACCUUCGGCAAAGUCAUCCUGGUGCGGGAGAAGGCCACCGGCCGCUACUACGCCAUGAAGAUCCUACGGAAGGAGGUUAUCAUCGCCAAGGAUGAAGUCGCCCACACAGUCACCGAGAGCCGGGUCCUCCAGAACACCAGGCACCCGUUCCUCACUGCGCUGAAGUACGCCUUCCAGACCCAUGACCGCCUGUGCUUCGUGAUGGAGUACGCCAACGGUGGGGAGCUGUUCUUCCACCUGUCCCGGGAGCGCGUCUUCACGGAGGAGCGGGCCCGCUUUUAUGGUGCAGAGAUCGUCUCGGCCCUGGAGUACCUGCACUCGAGGGAUGUGGUGUACCGCGACAUCAAGCUGGAAAACCUCAUGCUGGACAAAGACGGCCACAUCAAGAUCACUGACUUUGGCCUGUGCAAAGAGGGCAUCAGUGAUGGGGCCACCAUGAAGACCUUCUGCGGGACCCCCGAGUAUCUGGCACCCGAGGUCCUGGAGGACAACGACUACGGCCGGGCUGUGGACUGGUGGGGGCUGGGCGUGGUCAUGUACGAGAUGAUGUGCGGCCGCCUGCCCUUCUACAACCAGGACCACGAGCGCCUCUUCGAGCUCAUCCUCAUGGAGGAGAUCCGCUUCCCGCGCACGCUCAGCCCCGAGGCCAAGUCCCUGCUGGCUGGGCUGCUUAAGAAGGACCCCAAGCAGAGGCUCGGCGGGGGGCCCAGCGAUGCCAAGGAGGUCAUGGAGCACAGGUUCUUCCUCAGCAUCAACUGGCAGGAUGUGGUACAGAAGAAGCUCCCACCACCCUUCAAACCUCAGGUCACAUCCGAGGUCGACACCAGGUACUUCGAUGAUGAGUUCACUGCCCAGUCCAUCACAAUCACACCCCCGGACCGCUAUGACAGCCUGGGCUCUCUUGACCUGGACCAGCGGACUCACUUCCCCCAGUUCUCCUACUCGGCCAGCAUCCGCGAGUGAGCAGUGCCGCCCGCCUGCCCGCCGCCGCCGCUGCCCCCACCACCAUCACCACCACGGACAUGCAUGGCUGCCGUUGCCGCUGGGGCAGGGGGGGGUUUGUCUUUUUGUUUUUUUGGUCUUUUUUGUUUGCCUCUCCAUCCCUCACCCCUUACCCCCAUUUCUAGUUUUCAGCCCUCUGCCAGACUCCUCUCAGUGGACCCAGUGGCCCUGCCUCCAGGAUCCUGUCCUGCCCUCACUUUUGCGCCCAGAUCAGGACUGGGGAGACUGCCGCUGCCCCAGGACCUGGCCUUUGGGCAGUUUGGGAAGAGUUUGGGUUUUGAUCAACACAAGCCCCAGUGAGGAGCGAAAGCCAGGGGGGCCUGCCUGCUAUCAGCCGGGCGCCCACGGCUGCCUGCUCUGUGCUAUGCCGCCCUCAGAGGUGCGGACAGUGCUCUGGGGCUGCCUUCCAUGCCUGUCGUUAGGCUCCGAGUGGCCUGGCAAGGGAACAGCCCUGCCCCCUCCCCACCCAGCAGCAGAAAAGCAGUAAUGUCCAGGCCCAGGCAGGGGCCUUUGGGAGCUGCAGGAGCAGAGGUCCAGGGAUCCCUCGGGCUGGGGUUGAUUACCUGGUGGGGAACCCAGAGCGGCCAAGGGGAUGGACGCUGCCUCCCUGCGCCCCACGCUGCUCUCCUGACCCUGUGGACGAAGUAGGAGGAACAUUUGGGGCCCAGCCUUCCCACCCCAAGCCCCGUGCCUUACCAGGGCUUCCUUCCAGCCAGCCUUACCUCCUGCUGGACCUGGGCCUGGCCCCUCCCGGAAUGGGGGCCAGGAUUGCCCCUUCUCUCUGCCUGGGGUGGAGGGGUGCCAGCCUCGGCUGUUACACAUCUCGCACCGAGACAGUAUUGGGCCCCAUGAACUUGGUUGAGGAGGGGGCAGGGAUGGGCGUCUCUGGUACGUACUGGGGUGGGGGCCUCUGAGAAGGAGGCUCCAGGCCACCCCCCUCCCCCAGCCCCACGUUCUGCAGCCUUAAGGUGAACGUGUCAGUGCUAUGGGCACUCGUGUGCGUGCGUGCCUUGGAUUGUGUGCUGUUGGUGUCCUUGUGCAUCUGAGACAGUGCACAUGGGGUGUGUGUGUGCAUGUGUGCUGGGUAUGUAUGUGUGAGAGCAAGCGAGUCCCAGCCUCAAGUGUGUGGUGUGUGUGCGUAUGUGUGUGGACUCAGGCCCCUGGCCCUGACCCCAGCAUUUCUUCCCAGGGGGAGGGGUGCUGGCCUAGUGUGAGAGCCACACGUGAGGUCCACUUGCUGCCCUGUCUCUCCCCCUUCCCCACCAACAUCUCCGGGUGUUUGGAAUGUAACUUUGUGGUUUUGAUCUUCCCACCUCCUGUACUAGGUAGUUCACCGAGAGACGUGGGGUGGGUGGGGCUGGUUUGGGGGUGGGAGGUCUCUUCUUUUUGUGUGUGUAUGUCAUUUAUCUGACAGUUCUCCCUCUUCCCCACUGGCCUUUCCCUGUUCCUCAUAUUUGUACGGUACAAGCAAUAAAGACUCUUUUCAGACCAGGCCCACCACCCUGGGCCUUUCCUUG